AUGGCUUCCCAGCAGCCCCGUCAUGAGCGGGCUUCCAGCGACAGAGCACAAGCAAUGACGAUGUCCGCGGCAGCUUCACAACGUCCGAGUAUGGGUGGCCGGACAGCCUCGGCCCCAACCGGAGGACUUUACAAACUGGAUUCGGUUCGAAGACAGGGGUCUGCUGCAAGACUUGGUCAGACAUUGGAGGAAGAAGAAGUGUCGGGAAAUCAUACGCCCAAGCGGUCUCGCUUCCGGCAGGGUGAUGAGGAACUCAAAGCCAUUCUCCCUGAAGUGACCAUUGCUGUUGUGGGCUUGGACCAUGCUGGCAAGACGAGCUUUAUAAAAUGCGCAUUGGAUAUGAAAAGCACGCCCUCCUCCAUCUUGACCAGGAAAAAGAUGUCAUUGGAUGGGUCCGUCUACAUCGUACGAUUAUUGGAGGUUGAUUUGAAAAAGGUUCAGUUCGAUCAUGAGAAGAAUAUCCUUUGGCCAGGUCUGGGAAAGGAUUAUACACCCCCGACAAUUGACGGAGUGUUGGUGCUGCACGAUGCAACUCAACCGGACAAAUUCGCCGAAACAAGAGAACUCGUAGACUCGCUUGAUGCAUCCCCAUUGCCAUUCCUGUUGGUUGCCUGCAAAUGUGAUCUGCGCCCGGAUGACAGUGACCUGGGUGCUAUCCAUGAGCGACACGAGACCUACCGAACCUCGCCCGAGUCGCCCCGAUCCCAGCAAAUGUGCAUUGCUCUUGUUCUCCGGGCAGUAAUUUCCAUGCGAGCAGACUUCGCUUCGUCUGACCACCCUAAUAAUAAUCCUGCGCCAUCCGUCCCUCCCCCGCCGCGAACAACGACCAAGUCCUUUCAACCCACCCCACCCCUCGAUUGGCACCAUAGUCGGACCAAUUCAGAAAUCCCGACCGCCGUGUUACCGGGAGCCGCUGGCGGCUCGACACCGUCGGUUUCGAACCCAAGCGUCGAUGGGAACGGUGAUUGUCCGCCCACCGACCUAGCCCCGCGCUCCAAUCUGGCGCAACAGAAUGCUCCAAGUUUUGCUCGAAAUGCCCGAAGUAAUUCCCAGCCGGUGCGACCGCAAUCUCCUCCAGAGGCGCGGGUGAAUACCCGCCGACCAUCAGCGCAAGGAGAUAUUCUUCCAACCCAAGAACCACAGCCUAGCUUCUCACAACGUAUGCAAACCGCCUGGCGGCAUAGUGGAGGCCCGGACGCCUUUAAUAGCUUUCUGAAUAUGGAGGACGAGAUGGAAGAAGCUCCAUUGAGUCCGACUAGUGUCGUGCGGCCCAAGCCGAGUAGCGAGAGCAAUUGCAGCGCCGAGGCGGGAUUGUCUUUUGAUGACCUAGUCGACCGUCUCGUCGCCAUGCCAAUGUCGAAGCAAGACGGCAAAUUCGCAACCAUUUUUCUCUGCCUCUAUCGCAAAUUCGCUGCCCCUGCAACCCUUCUCAAUGCCUUGAUCAGCCGGUUCGACAAAAAUGAAACCAGUAAUGGAGACCAGCUGGCCCGCAUGGCCGAUCAGCUGCGGUUGCUGAACGUUAUCGCCCAAUGGGCUUCCGAUUACCCCGGCGACUUUGCUUACCCCAAGACUCGCAAACGAGUCAACGAAUUCGUCACUACGCUCGAAAAGAGCCAUUUUUACAUGUUCGCUGCGAAGGAAAUCGGAUCGUUCCUUGAGACGAACGCCGAAGACGACGACAUAGGCUGGGCUUUCCGAGACGGAGACGUGGAUGACUCAAGCCUCACAGAGACUUUCUUUGAUAACUCUGGCCGAAGCUCGCCAGCACCGUUCCUGACUGGCACAUACGACGACGACGAUGACGAGGAAGAAGACCCCAUAUAUAGCUUGAGCGCUUUGGAUCUCAGCGACGGGCCGCAUGAAUCAACCUCUCGUCUCUCAGGAACUCUCUCUAUCUCAUCUAAUACCGACAAACCCUCCAGUACCCUCAACCAAUCAUUCACUGUUCUGACCCUGGAAGCUGCGCAAAGGAAGCUCUCCUGGCGGCUUUUCAUGGAGACACCAGACGAAGAGUUUGCUCGGCAGCUGACCCGUAUCGAUUGGGUCAUGUAUAACUCAUUCCGGCCACGCGAUCUUGUGCGUCAUGUCAGUAUCUCUGGCGUUGACAAGGACAAGGUCAAGAGCUUGGCCAAUGUCAACCGGAUGAUCAAACAGUUCAAUCAUCUGGCUUUCUUCGUGGCAAGCAUGAUCAUACUUCGUGACAAACCCAAGCACCGGGCAAGGUGUCUUGAAAAGUUUAUGAGUAUCGCAGUGAAACUCCGUCGUCAAAACAACUAUAACGCUCUGGGGGCUGUGAUUGCUGCUAUCAAUGGCACACCUGUCCACCGACUGUCACAGACUCGCGAAUUGAUCCCGAUACAGAUGCAAAAGGAAUUCAUGCGGCUGGUCAUCCUAAUGAGCACCCAGCGCAGCCACUUCGCUUACCGGUUAGCAUGGGAGAACUCAUUCUCUGAGAGGAUUCCAUUCCUGCCAUUACACCGCCGCGAUCUGGUCUCUGCAGAAGAAGGAAACAAGACCUUCGUCGGUGAAAAUAAAUCCCGAAUCAACUGGAAGAAGUUUGAGGUCAUGGGAGAGGCUGUCCUUGGUAUUCAACGAAGCCAAAAGACACCCCAUCCUCAGGCUCAAAAGUUCGAGGACAUCGAACGGCUGAUACUCGACUGCAAGCUCUCCGGUGACGAAGAGGAUCUGUAUGCUCGCAGCUUGCAAAUCGAACCCUCCACCAGCGGCGAGCCCGUACGGAAAAAGUUCGGCUGGCUACGUGCCUAA